AUGUGCAUACCACAUGGUGUGUACGUGCGUUCGCAUGGCGCCUUGAAAAUUGCAAGGGAGUUGAAAGAGGAAGCCAAGGCGGCGAUCAAUGACGAUCCGUUUUCGGGGGUGAUCGACAGUGGAGAAUGUGGAGUUGGCGCACACGCCACCGAGAAGAUGAAGCGAGCAGACGGCAGCACUGCAAUAACAUCAACAACGAAUCAAAACGACUUGCCUUGUGCUGACACCGAGGCAUAUAGCCACAACGCCAUCUUCCGUUUUGCCCCUCUCUGGCUUCGUGGAGCUGCAUGGUCGAUGAGCGAGCGACACGUGGUGUUGUUUGCCUGGAGAAUCGAGAUCGAUCUGUCCGUCCAUCGCUCAUCGACAGAUCGAUGGAGAUUUCAAUCACCGUCAGCAGGCCUUCUGGCAGCCUCGGAGGAAAUAUAUGGGGAAACAUGGUCUUGGGAUGUCGUUACGGCGGUAAGGUACAUGCUUGUCCUUUUUCCUGGGAUUCCUGCUUCUUGGCAAGGCUGCACAUCCGUUGCUGGCAAGUCUCGGCCAUGUUUCCAGCGGACCGCCCUGUCACGGACAAGCAAGCAGAUGGAGUCAAAGGUGCUGAGCGUUUGUGACAGUUAA